AUGAUACCGAAUGAGAAAAAGACCUUAAAGCAGAAAAUAGCUACAGCUUUAACACACAAUGGUAUCGCAGAGAAAAUUGAGGGCUUGAACGCAAAAAAUGAGAAAAAAUUGGACCGAGGGAUAGAUAAACCGAGGCAAGGCAAUGGCAAAUUAUUAGCGAAACAAGAGAGGGGACAAGCAGAGAAAAAAGAGCUGAAGGAAAUAGAAAUCAGUGCUAAAAAGCCUGAUGUAGUGGAGAAAAAGGUCAAGCAGGAAGAAGAUGGCAAGGAACAACAGGAUAAGAAAGAGUUGCCAGAGAAAAAAGCGAAAGAGUCACAAGAUAAGAAAGAGUUGGCGGAGCAAAAAGGCAAAAAACAACAAGAGAAGAAAGAUUUGAAACAAAGCAAAGAAGCAGAUGUUGAGAAGAAAGGUGGGAAAGCAGUCAAUGGCGACGGCGAUAAGAAAGGAAAAGAAAAAACAAUACAAGAAGACAAAAAACCUCGUCAGAAAUUUUUUUGA